CAGCUGAGUUUGCCUGAGGGGAACUGGGGCGUAGAGCCCCCGAGUCCUAGCAGCCGCCUUGCCUCCUGCGUUUCUCCUGGACGGUCCUGCGGGUGCCCUGCGUGCAGACCAGGUGCCCAGCCUGGUGCCCCGCACGUCUCCUCCUUCUGCCCCUGGAAGAGCCCGAGCCUCACUGGCGACCCGCAGCCGCCCUGCAAGCCCAUCAUGCUGACAGAAGACAUGAAGCUCUGGCACGGCUUAGUGAUUGCAGCGGUGUCCCUCAUCCUACAGGCCUGCCUCUUUGCGGCCAUCGGCUACCUGUUCAGCAGGCACAUGGCCAAGGAGAGUGAGCGGCUACUGAAAGGGGCCAGCCUCCAGGCCCCGAACCCCAGCCCUGCCCACCAUCAGCCACUUGCUGCCAAGGAGGAGACUCCCAGCACGUCUGUGUCUGAGCCCCAUUACAGGCGUUAUAAGCAUGACAGCAACACAUCCUCCGGUAGCUCUGACAGCUCGAACAGCUCAGGCAGUUCGUCUCCAACCUGCCAGGCCACGAAGAAUAUGAAUUACGCACAAGUGGUCUUUUCCGCCACCAAAGGACUAAAAAGUGAAUCUUCCCUGGACUAUGAGAACAUCAAGGAAACCACAGAUUAUGUGAACGUCAAUCCAAAAAGCCACAAACCCAAUUUCUGGACUUUUGCGAAGCCCGCUGACUCUGAGCCGGUGGAGUACACGCAGGUGGCCCUGUGAGGUCUAGGUCUUUAAGGGGGUGCUGUUCUCCAGAAAUUCUCGCACUCACCUUGCAGGGGAAUGACUUUUUUUUUAGCUCACUCAGCAAGAAAGAACCAGAUCAACUAUCAGGAAGAACUUCCACGAUCAGUAGGAACGAGGGGGAGAUAUCAGUAGAGAAAGCAGGAACGUCUUUCUCCAUAGAAAAGUGUGAAAAAAAAUUUUUUUAAUCAACUGUAGUGGAGUUCUGUUUGGCAAUCUUACCAUUAAAUGACUCUUGGAGCUCUUUACUGUUUGGCAACAAGCAACUUCCUUAAAAGUUUUAAGUAAAAUGGUCUUGGUUUCCUCUUGCCCAACCCGGCAAGCUGCCCCUUCCAGAGCUGCAUCUUGCUGAGUCACGCUACCCUGCCCUCAGCACUUGAAAGUAGGUCAUUUAGAAAGCUCCCCAUCAUUCCACCUUUGAAUUCCCCGUUUCUUAGGAACGAAAGCUGACAGGGCCCUGGUAAAUACCAACUAGCAGCCCAAUCUGUGAUUCCAGGGGACAAAAAAUCUCCCCCAAUUCAAC